GCAGUGACUUGGGCGAAAAGAUUUGCUUCAAUGGAUCUUCAUCUAGAUGCUCCUCAUUCGAUGGGAACGACCAUCAUUGGAGUAACCUAUAACGGAGGCGUUGUCCUCGGUGCCGAUUCUAGGACAAGCACAGGAAUGUACGUUGCUAAUCGGGCAUCAGACAAAAUCACUCAGUUGACAGAUAAUGUUUACCUGUGUCGCUCUGGCUCAGCUGCAGACUCUCAAAUUGUCUCUGAUUAUGUCCGUUACUUUCUUCAUCAGCACAUAAUACAACUUGGGCAGCCUGCAACUGUCAAAGUCGCUGCAAACCUAGUCAGGCUUUUGUCAUAUAGCAAUAAGAAUAUGCUACAAACUGGCCUGAUUAUUGGUGGAUGGGACCGGUAUGAAGGAGGUAAAAUUUAUUCAGUGCCUCUUGGUGGGACAAUUUUGGAGCAACCUUUUGCAAUUGGAGGAUCUGGCUCCAGCUACUUGUAUGGAUUCUUUGAUCAAGCAUGGAGGGAAGGAAUGUCCCAGAAUGAAGCGGAGGAACUAGUGGUGAAGGCAGUCUCCCUUGCCAUUGCUCGAGAUGGUGCUAGUGGAGGUGUUGUUCGCACCGUCACUAUAAACUCAGAAGGGGUGUCGAGGAAGUUCCACCCAGGAGACACCCUUCCCAUAUGGCAUGAAGAGUUGGAGCCCCAGAAUUCGUUGCUCGACACGCUGAUGCCAGAGGACUCUCAAUAAGAUGAUUGUUUCAUAAGCCAAGAAACGCUAGUAACAAUCAACACUUAUGUUAUUUUUAGUGGGGUUAUGCUUGUUCACCAUGUUUGAACCAUUUUUGUUUUAACUCACUUUUGUGGAU